AUGCCAUCAGGCCCCUGGGGGAGAUUGAGACCUGUCGAGCAGGAUCCGCUCCAAAGUAUUGGUCUUCCUUCUAAGGGUGAUGACAGCUUACUCAACCCCAAGACCCAGGAGUGGUAUUAUAAUCAGAUCAUUUCACGUUUCCUUGCUUUCUGCACAGAAGCUGGUGAUAAGGACUCAAUUAUACGGAGUUUCGAAGCUUUAGAUAUAAGAGCAGUCGAUCCAAGUCCUGCAACACCAUAUACCAGACCUCCACCUGGAUACAGACCGUCUUCCACGGCAACUUCUGCUGCAGCGUCGUCUUCAACACUAGCCCCUGAAAUUUCAGCUACAAAUGCUAGUUUCCCCCCCCAAACUCCUGACUCAGAUCCCGCUAAUGCUGCCCCGUCCUCUGCUCUGAGUGGCACUCUGAAAGCCCUCCGUUCUAUCAUACCGUCUAGUGGACCAUCAACUUCUAUGUUGGCAGCUAUCGAGGAUCCUGACAAUACUAAAUCUCUGCAGGAUGUCCUAAUGGCACUGAGAAAGCUUCGGGAGGGCUUGGUGGCUACGAAAAGAGCCGAUCUCUUUUCGAUCCAAGCAUACAUCUUCUCUAUCCGCCUGUCCAUUCUCGCCAAGCAUCCUGAAUCAUAUCACCCGGCUAUUCUACACCUUCUCCGAUACGUGGCUGUAUGGACACCCAUGGUUCAUAGUGAGAUCGAAGAAAUUGCCGGUUAUUUCAUGCUGGAUGCCGCAUGUCGGCGUAGGGACCUGACCGAGGCAUACUUCAUCAGACAAGACUUCAACAUCAGGAACAAGAAACUGGACCGGAUACUCAAGGCGCUGGCACACGACGACUAUGUCUCAUGGCAGUUCUCGAAGAAGCAAGUCAGCCGACACUGCUUAAAGCUGAUGGAGUGGGCCGACGACGAUUUGAGACUUCACACCCUCAAAUGCUUUUCAAGGUCGUACUUCAACGUGGACCUGCCCUUCUUGGAGUUUGCUACUGGUCGCAAGUGGGAUGAACUGAAAGAGAAGGACAAGGUUGGAUGGGAACUUGGCGAUGAAGAGAAAGUCACGAUUCGGAAAGUAAGAGCCAAGUAA